AUGACUACGCUUUCGGUGCCGAAACCCGGAAUCCUCGAACUCUCCACCCUUGCCACUGGCCGCUUGGAAAGGGUCACGGUACCGGUCCGGCUGGAUCGGGCGCAUCCAGGGACCACCGCUGCACGCUUCGCCCUUCUGAUCGGCGCGAUCCAGAGACUCGCUAUUCUAGGGACACUCUCGCCCGGAUCGAACACCGCACCCGGCAGGAAGCCUCAAGAGCCCUAUGCAGAGCUUGUGAACAGGUUCCAGGAGGCUCCUCAAGAGAUUCGCAUUUGGCUGGGCUACAGUAGUCGAAUCUUUGCUGGGGCAGCAAAUUUGGUGGCGGCGGCAGCUGGCGAUGACCUGCAGCCUGUAUUCAGUACCCUCCCCAAUUUUAUUCACAUUUUGGGGAGGGAUGAAAUUCCUCCGCUGCCUUCGGCCUAUUCCUUAGCUGCACGACCCCGCGGGAUGAUUCAUAAGCUGGUGCCGAACCUGGGAAUCUCAACCUCCACUCCUGCUCACCGUCGCUUUGGGAAGGGUCAGCGAUACCGGGCGUCCGCUGGAUCGGCGCGAGAUUCAGGGACCACCGCUUUCGGAUACCGAGGGGGGAGGGUGGCCAUGACCGGCUAUUGUCGAAGUAUCGCCUCUGCUACAACAUCCUCACUGGAGUUCGUGAAAGCGGCUUCGGCUUCAUUACAGCAUCCCAAACGGGACACGCUCGGGGCCCGCUUCAAGACGUGUGAAAGCGGAAUAUAUGGCGCCUGGGACGGCAAAAACGCCACCACAGGCUGCCAGUUAUUCAUUACAGCGCUGCUGCUUUGCAGCCGCAGUCACAAGCCGCCCUUGCGCGCCGGCCUCGGGCCACUCCCCCCCCACCCCCCCCCCCCCCCACCCACCCCCCCACCCCCCCCCACCCCCCCCACACCCCCCCCCCCCCCCCCCCCCCCCCCCCCACCCCCCCCCCCCCCCCCCCCCCCCCCCCCCCACCCCCCCCCCCCCCCACCCCCCCCCCCACUCCCCCCACCCCCCCCCCCCCCCACACCCCCCCCCCCCCCCCCCCCCCCCCCCCCCCCCCCCCCCCCCCCCCCCCCCCCACCCCCCCCCCCCCCCACCCCCCCCCCCCCCCACCCCCCCCCCCCCCCACCCCCCCCCCCCCCCACCCCCCCCCCCCCCCACCCCCCCCCCCCCCCACCCCCCCCCCCCCCCACCCCCCCCCCCCCCCACCCCCCCCCCCCCCCACCCCCCCCCCCCCCCACCCCCCCCCCCCCCCACCCCCCCCCCCCCCCACCCCCCCCCCCCCCCACCCCCCCCCCCCCCCACCCCCCCCCCCCCCCACCCCCCCCCCCCCCCACCCCCCCCCCCCCCCACCCCCCCCCCCCCCCACCCCCCCCCCCCCCCACCCCCCCCCCCCCCCACCCCCCCCCCCCCCCACCCCCCCCCCCCCCCACCCCCCCCCCCCCCCACCCCCCCCCCCCCCCACCCCCCCCCCCCCCCACCCCCCCCCCCCCCCACCCCCCCCCCCCCCCACCCCCCCCCCCCCCCACCCCCCCCCCCCCCCACCCCCCCCCCCCCCCACCCCCCCCCCCCCCCACCCCCCCCCCCCCCCACCCCCCCCCCCCCCCACCCCCCCCCCCCCCCACCCCCCCCCCCCCCCACCCCCCCCCCCCCCCACCCCCCCCCCCCCCCACCCCCCCCCCCCCCCACCCCCCCCCCCCCCCACCCCCCCCCCCCCCCACCCCCCCCCCCCCCCACCCCCCCCCCCCCCCACCCCCCCCCCCCCCCACCCCCCCCCCCCCCCACCCCCCCCCCCCCCCACCCCCCCCCCCCCCCACCCCCCCCCCCCCCCACCCCCCCCCCCCCCCACCCCCCCCCCCCCCCACCCCCCCCCCCCCCCACCCCCCCCCCCCCCCACCCCCCCCCCCCCCCACCCCCCCCCCCCCCCACCCCCCCCCCCCCCCACCCCCCCCCCCCCCCACCCCCCCCCCCCCCCACCCCCCCCCCCCCCCACCCCCCCCCCCCCCCACCCCCCCCCCCCCCCACCCCCCCCCCCCCCCACCCCCCCCCCCCCCCACCCCCCCCCCCCCCCACCCCCCCCCCCCCCCACCCCCCCCCCCCCCCACCCCCCCCCCCCCCCACCCCCCCCCCCCCCCACCCCCCCCCCCCCCCACCCCCCCCCCCCCCCACCCCCCCCCCCCCCCACCCCCCCCCCCCCCCACCCCCCCCCCCCCCCACCCCCCCCCCCCCCCACCCCCCCCCCCCCCCACCCCCCCCCCCCCCCACCCCCCCCCCCCCCCACCCCCCCCCCCCCCCACCCCCCCCCCCCCCCACCCCCCCCCCCCCCCACCCCCCCCCCCCCCCACCCCCCCCCCCCCCCACCCCCUGCAUGGGGAGCGCCCCCAGUCACGUCGGCACAGCCUCCUGCGGCAGAAGGGUGCCGAUCGUUGGCUAAUGGCCAGGUCCACCAACCUCUGGCACCCGUCAAUGCUGCAGUGUGGCGUCUGUCACAGCAUUAAGAUACUGACACAAGUGUUGAACUACAAGCUUAACAAAAUCCAUGGGCUAUUACAAGGGGAGGUGGCUCGGUGGCAGAGCCUUACUUCGCAUCUAGAAGGUUCCAAGAGUCGCACCAGGGAGGAGAAAAAUCAAAACAAGGACUUUGCGCCCAAAUGGAGCAGCGGAGAUGAGAAAUCCAAAGAUACCUUCCUCAGCAGAGACUGCUUGCUGGGAGCCCUGCUCCCAGCUUGGGAGGAGGGAGGUGCGGGCACCCUAGACCUUGCCCAUGUCCACUGGUGUUUCAGAAGCUGGAGCAGACAACCCUCAUUGGCCUGCCCAAAGAGGUUGGGGUUAGGGUUGCUAACUUCCAGGUUGGACCUGGAGAUCUUUCAUGAUAGCAACCGAUCUCCAGGUGACAGCGACAAAUUCACCUGA